UAUUAAAGUAAAGGGUCAUCGGCCCAAAACUGCCAAGAUAGCGGCCCAGAUCUUCAUCAAUUACCUGUCACAUUACAUUUUAGAAACUCUAAAGCCUCUGCGCUGAAUUUGGCCAUAGUCGUCUUAUCAAGCCAUCGUACCACAAAUUUGAUCAACAAAUUUCAUCUCCAUACAAAAUGGUUCGCAAGGGAUUUCAACAAGCCAAAACAGGUUUUGAAUUGCUGAAGUCAUUCGAUGCCAACAAGUAUUUGAAGAAAAUAGGCUUAGGUAGAGAAGACUAUCACUUCUGGAAGCAAGUUGGCAAGGCUCUACUGUGCACCUACACGCUAUUUGGUGUUGCGUGGGUCUUCAACGAGACUUCACCACUGGGUUGGUGGACGCUUAAGCCUAGACCAAAGGAAGAGAAAGAGUUAGCCCAUCUCUACGAGAGGCUGCAGUUUCCGUACCCAGGUGACACAGAAGCGAUGGAGGAGUUUAUAAGAAAGGGUGGCAUGAUUGGGUCUGUUUUUGGACCAAAAGGAAACAUUGAAUCUGAGAGGGAAGUGAAUAACUAUCAAAAGAUGUUGCAGGACCAAAAGUUUAAUCAAGAAACUCAAAAAUUGUGGCUCAGGAUGAGGAAUGAGGUCAUUCAAGAGCUUCAAGAGCAGGGAUAUGAUGUUGAAUGAGUGUUUUUUAUCCCAUGAUUUGAAUGCCCUGAAAUGUUUGAUUUUAGAUUUUUGAGGUUUUUGAGCUGAUAAUUCUGUAUCAAUCUCUGGUUUAUAAAGAACAAUACAAAAGAGAAUUAAGAACUUCUUGUUGCAGUACAAA